AUGCCAAACUUUUGUCCAUGUAGUGAACGAUCAUGUACUGAAACCGCUGUUCAUCUUGUUGAUUGUGCUCAUCAUCGUACAAAAUUAGUUUGUCUUCGACAUUUGUUGGAACAUGAUCGUUUAAUUAAUUAUAAUCAACAAUAUUUGGAUAAGCUUCACAAAUUUAAAAAAUGUCAACAAUUAACACAAAAUAUAACAAAUCUAUUUGAAAAUGAUUCACUUAACAUCGAACAACAUCGACUUAUGCUAGAAAAACUUAAACAAAAUAUUGAAAAAGAAAAACAAAUCAAUCAAUAUCCUACAGAAUCUUCUCCAUUUACAGAACAGGUUAAAACUGAACCUAUUGAUGAAAUUUCAACCAUUGAUGAACUUCGUAGGAAUAUAUGUUAA